AUGGGUACAUACAUCCAGCUCGCGCACCAUCAGCACCCAUUCAAAACCCUGCCAACCAUCGGCACUCACUCAAAACCCCGCGGACCGUCACCACCCAUUCAAAACCCCGCGGACCGUCAGCACCCGUUCAAAACGCCGCGCACCAUCGGCACCCAUUCAAAAGCCCGCGCACCAUCGGCACCCAUUCAAAACCCCCCGCACCAUCGGCACCCACUCAAAACCCUGAAACCAUCAGCACCCAUUCAAAACUCCCGCGCACCAUCGGCACCCAUUCAAAGCCCCGCGCACCAUCGGCACCCAUUCAAAACCCCGCGCACCAUCGGCACCCACUCAAAACCCCACGCAUCAUCGGCACCCACUCAAAACCCCGCGGACCAUCGGCACCCAUUCAAAACGCCGCGCACCAUCAGCACCCAUUCAAAACUCCGCGCACCAUCAGCACCCACUCAAAACCCCGCGCACCAUCGGCACCCACUCAAAACCCCGCGGACCAUCGGCACCCAUUCAAAACCCCGCGCACCAUCGGCACCCAUUCAAAACCCCGCGCACCAUCGGCACCCACUCAAAACCCCGCGCACCAUCGGCACCCAUUCAAAACGCCGCGCACCAUCAGCACCCAUUCAAAACUCCGCGCACCAUCAGCACCCACUCAAAACCCCGCGCACCAUCGGCACCCACUCAAAACCGUGCACCGUCGGCACCCAUUCAAAAUGCCGCGCACCAUCAGCACCCACUCAAAACCCUGAAACCAUCAGCACCCAUUCAAAACUCCGCGGACCAUCGGCACCCACUCAAAACCCCGUAGACCAUCGGCACCCAGUCAAAACCCCGCGGACCAUCGGCACCCAUUCAAACCCCGCGCACCCUGGGGUUUGA